AUGGCACAAAGCUGUCCAGCGGUCGAUGUUUCCGACCAAGACCGGCUAUGGAGUUUUUGUCCUUCGAAAACAGGCGCCGCUAUCAUGGCCGUGGUGUUCGCCUUAGUGACGGUCGCUCACUUUUUCCAAAUGUUCUUCCACAGGAAACCCUACUGCCUGGUUGUUGUAAUAGCGGCAGCGCUGCAGACCGUAUCUUACAUCUUCCGCUACAUCAGUAUUGAUCACCCGACAGACCUUGGGCCUUAUGCUGUUCAAUUUGUUGGAGUUCUGAUCGCACCGAUAUUCACGAACGCAUUUGUAUACAUGGUGUUUGGACGGAUGGUUUGGAACUUCACCAACAAUGCCAAAAUUGGCGGAAUCAAACCGUGGAGGUUUGGCUUGAUCUUUGUUCUUUUGGAUAUUCUCUCUUUCUUCGUGCAGAUUAUUGGAGGAAUUAAAACAGCAAAUCCACGCAACGACUAUAAUGCAGUGAUGACCGGAAUCCACAUUUACAUGGGUGGGAUUGGUAUCCAGCAAUUCUUUAUUCUGGUUUUCUUCUUCUUUGCAUUCAACUUCCACCGAACCAUGAAUCGAGAAGGAGGCAAUCCCAGGAUGGCUUAUAUGCUAUUGUACGCUUUGUACUUCGCUCUGCUAAUGAUCACCGUUCGUGUUAUCUUCCGUCUUGCUGAAUUCGGUGGAGGCACGAAGGGCCCCACCAUGACUCACGAGAUUUACCAAUAUCUGCUUGAUACACUUCCAAUGUUCCUUGCCAACAUUGUAUUCAACUUUGUCCAUCCAGGAUCUAUUAUGGCUGGUAGAGAUGGCAACUUUCCUAGUCGCAAAGAGCGAAAGAACGGGGUCUUGACAAAAACUAAACGCAAUAUGGAACUGUCUUCCACAGAAUUCGUUCAAUAUGCGACAGCGCCAUAUCCUCCAACUCAUUAUGCUCCGGUCCAUCAAUAA